AUGUCAACUUCAUCAAGAGACGGUUCAGAAAAACCUUCCAUUCAAUAUUCUGCAUUCCCACAAUCAAGAAAAAAUUUCAUCUUAUUCUUAGUUACAAUGGCUGGGUUCUUGGGUCCAGUUAGUGGUAAUAUCUAUAUCCCAAUAUUACCUCAAUUACAAGAAGUUUUCCAAUGUUCAGAAACUACUAUAAAUGCAACAGUUUCUGUAUUUAUGGCUAUAUUUGCAAUUUCUCCUUUAUUAUGGGCAUCUUGGGCAGAUUUUGGUGGGAGAAAAUUGUUGUAUAUCACUUCGUUGAUUUUUUAUAUUGUCUCAAAUAUUUUACUAGCUGCUAUUCCUCCAAACAUUGGUGCUUUGUUUGUUUUAAGAAUUGUUCAAGCUUUUGGUGCUUCAAGUGUCAUGAGUGUUGGUGCAGGAACUGUUGCUGAUAUUAUUGAACCAAAAAAUCGUGCAAAGGCUAUAAGUUAUUUCAUGUUGGGUCCACAAUUGGGGCCUAUUUUAGGUCCAAUUUUAUCUGUUAUUGCAUCUGGUGGUGAAUGGAGAUGGAUUUUUGGAUUUUUAGCUAUUUAUGGUGGUGUUGUUUAUUUAUUGAUUCUAUUUAUGUUGCCAGAAACUUUACGCUAUCUUGUUGGUAAUGGAGAAGUUUAUAAUUCAUCAACCAAUUCUUUCUCCUCAUGGUUUACAUUUCCAAAGCAUUUCAAACAACCUAAAUUGAUUGAAGAUUCAUCAAGAUUUCCAAAACCUCCAAAACCAAGUUUGAAAAACUAUUAUCACAUUUUGAAAUAUAAACCUGUCUUGUUGUGCUCAAUUAAUGCUGGUUUAUUAUUUGCAACUUUUUAUGGUAUGAGUGUUACAUUUGCUAGAGUUUUACAAGAUAAUUAUGGUUUCAAUUCAUUACAAAGAAGUUUUGCAUAUGUGUGUCCUGGAGUUUCAUUAAUUAGUGGCUCAUUAAUAGGUGGUCGUCUAAGUGAUUAUUUGCGUAAAAGAAUGAUUGCUAAAGAUCCAACACACUAUGUUCCAGAGCAUCGUUUCUCGUUGCAGUUGGUUGGUUUACUCAUAUCAAUGGCUGGGAUCCUUGGCUAUGGUUGGUUGGUUGAUAAACAUGUUCAUGUGGCAUCAGUAUUUGUGUUUACAUUUUUAGGAGGUUUUGGUAUGACUUGGGUUUUCGUCACUACAACAACUUAUUUAACUGAAUGUUCUACAAAGCAACCAGCUACAAAUGUGGCCAUUGGGAAUUUUUUCAGAAAUGCUGCUGCUGCUAUCUCAUCUGUAAUUAUUGAUCAACUUAUUAAAAAGAUGGGAUUUGGCUGGUGUUUUACAGGGUUGGCAUUGAUUGAUUUGAUUGGGAUCGGAUUUGUUGUAAUUUUGAUGAUUUAUGGACCAAAAUGGAGAAGAGAAUGGGAGGAAUCACAAGGGCAUUAA